AAUCAGUGGAGAAUGGCCAGCCAGUCCCAGGGAAUCCAGCAGCUCCUACAGGCUGAAAAAAGAGCGAAAGACAAAUUAGAAGAGGCAAAGAAAAGAAAAAAUAAGCGUUUGAAGCAAGCAAAAGAUGAGGCAACAGCAGAUAUCGACCAGUAUAAGAUUAAAAGAGAGACCGACUUCCGUCGCAUCCAGACUUCGAUAAUGGGGUCUCAGGGUAACUUGGCAGUGAAGAUAGAGGAACAGACCACAGAAAAGAUUCACGCCUACAACGCAAACUACCAGAAAUACAGGGAGCUGGUGGUAAAAGAAAUGUUGGACCUGGUGUGUGACAUUAAGCCAGAAAUCCAUGUCAAUUACCAAGUAAAGGGGUAAUGUUUUGGCUUCAUCGGCUACAGCUCUGUCAGAGUGAUCAUUGAUCUCCUUUGGAGUGAGAAUGGAUAAAACCAAGAAGACAUCUUUUUUUUUUCCUUAUCACGGAUCCGGUAUAAAUGUUGUUUUACAACAAUUUAAAAUGUUGGACAAAUUGGAUGAAAAUUAUUACAAGGGCAAAACUUUGUAGUAUACAGAAUGUUAUAUAUCUAAAAAAUUAUCAUUAUUUUUUUUUUCAUAUUAGGUAGAUUUUAUGUUGUUGACAUUUCUGCUAAAAUAGCUCAUCGGCUCAAUAUAGCUGCUUUUAAAACAUGGGAGUUGCACGUCGACACUGUUAACAUUUCAUUACACUGAGGUCCAUAAAAUGAGUAUUAUUGAGUUGGGUAAUAUAUGCCACCAAUACCACUGGACAUAUUAUCCUUCUCUUGGUUGUGUAGGUGUGAGACUUGGCGAUUUAAUGGGGGAAAGGAAAAGCUGGCAGAAGAAAUGGAGAAGAGACCACUUAAAACUUGUACACCAUCCCAAAAUGUUAUGAGUUCAGAACUAGCAUAGGUACUUCGAAAUAAAUAGCAGCGGGGUUGCUAAACUGUGCUGUAAAAAAAAAAAAAAAAAUUCAAGCAAAUUAGACGUGAAUUUCAAAUUUAAGGCCUAAAUAGACAACUUGAAAACAUGAUUGAAAUUAAUUUGGAUUAGUUUUGCAUUCCUGACUAUUUAUACAAUGUGAUUACUAAAUAACUUGUUAUCAUGUUGCAAAACUAUAAUGAAUUUUCCCAUGGUGUCCAUUGACACCUCCAUUAUACCCCCUAAUUGUCCUGUAUUCAGUGGCCCAGUCUCAAAAUGAGGUCCCUAUUUAGCUUGUAGCCCAUGGACAUUACUGAAUUGUCCUCAGCAAACAAAGUGGGAUGAUGGCUCUCCCUCACCAUUCCAGGUUCCUAUUUCCCAAUGUUGAAGGUAUGCUACAUGUUAAAAAUUUGCGGUCUCCACAAUGCCAAUAUCAGACAAUUUGUCAAAUUGUAUGGACAUUUCCAAGUAUUUGUAUUACCGUAAUAAAAUAAAAGAUAGAGUGCAUUCAUAA